GGCGCUUCAGCGGAGCUUCCCGGAUCGGAUCCCGGACGGCCACGGCCCUGGCAGCCUGGGCGCCGCGACCCUCGGCGGCCGCAGGGGGACGGGGCGGAGGAGGAGGAGGAAGAGGCGGGGGCAGCAGCGGCGGCGGCGGCGAGGAGGAGGGUUCGUUCGCCUGCUCCGACGCAGACAUGGUGGACUGAUCCCGAGCGGGGCCGAGAGCAGGGUUUCCUGAGCCGCCCCCCUCGCGUGGCCCCGCCGCGCCCCGAGCCCGCGGCCCCUGUCCCGCGCCCGGUCCUUAUGGAGGCGCCGCUCGCCGGCGAGGCCGCCGACCAUGCCUAGGAGGGCCGGGAGCGGGCAGCUGCCGCUACCCCGGGGCUGGGAGGAGGCCAGGGACUACGACGGCAAGGUCUUCUACAUCGACCACAACACCAGGAGGACCAGCUGGAUCGACCCCCGGGACAGGUUAACGAAGCCCUUGUCGUUUGCUGAUUGUGUUGGGGAUGAGCUGCCAUGGGGAUGGGAAGCAGGGUUUGACCCUCAGAUUGGUGUCUACUAUAUCGAUCACAUCAACAAAACCACACAGAUAGAAGAUCCAAGAAAACAAUGGCGGGGGGAGCAGGAGAAAAUGCUGAAGGACUAUCUCUCGGUGGCUCAGGAUGCACUCAGGACGCAGAAGGAGCUGUACCAUGUGAAGGAGCAAAGACUGGCUUUGGCUUUGGAUGAAUAUGUACGAUUAAAUGAUGCUUACAAGGAAAAGUCGAGCUCUCGCACAAGCUUAUUCUCAGGAUCUUCGUCCAGUACUAAAUAUGAUCCCGAUAUUUUAAAAGCUGAGAUCUCCACUACACGAUUAAGGGUUAAAAAGCUGAAGAGAGAACUCUCACAGAUGAAGCAAGAAUUGCUCUAUAAAGAACAAGGCUUUGAAACAUUGCAACAAAUUGAUAAAAAAAUGUCUGGAGGCCAGAGUGGGUAUGAACUUAGUGAAGCCAAAGCCAUUCUAAUUGAACUGAAGUCUAUCAGAAAGGCUAUUAGCUCAGGAGAAAAAGAAAAACAAGAUCUGAUGCAGAGUCUUGCUAAGCUGCAGGAGCGGUUUCAUUUGGACCAGAGCAUUGGCAAAUCUGAGCCAGACUUGGGAUCCAGUCCUGUGAAUUCUCAUCUGUCUCUCUCCAGACAGACUCUUGAUGCUGGGUCACAAACCAGCAUUUCCGGAGAUAUUGGAAUGAGAAGUAGAUCAAAUUUAGCUGAAAAGGUCAGGCUAAGCCUACAGUAUGAAGAAGCCAAAAGAAGUAUGGCCAACUUAAAAAUUGAACUGUCAAAAUUGGACAGUGAGGCCUGGCCCGGGGCGCUGGAUAUUGAGAAAGAGAAGCUGAUGCUGAUCAAUGAAAAAGAAGAACUUUUGAAAGAGCUUCAGUUUGUCACUCCCCAGAAACGCACUCAAGAUGAGCUGGAACACCUGGAAGCCGAGCGGCAGCGGCUGGAGGAGGAGCUGCUGUCCGUGAGGAGUACCCCAAGCCGAGCUCUGGCGGAGAGGUUGAAAUCGGAAGAGAGAAGAAAAGAGCUGCUACAGAAACUUGAAGAAACUACUAAAUUAACUACUUAUUUGCAUUCACAACUUAAAAGCCUGUCCGCCAGCACCCUGUCCAUGUCUUCUGGGAGCAGCCUGGGCUCCCUGGCAUCCAGUCGGGGAUCCCUGAACACCUCCAGCAGAGGGUCACUCAAUUCCCUCAGUUCCAGUGAGCUCUAUUACAACAGUCAGGGUGAUCAGAUAGAUGUGGACUAUCAGUAUAAACUGGACUUUCUUCUGCAAGAGAAAGGUGGCUACAUUCCUUCUGGACCCAUCACCACCAUCCAUGAAAAUGAGGUGGUCAAGUCCCCCAGCCAGCCUGGUCAGACUGACCCCUGUGGAGCAGCUACUGCAGCUACAGGCCAUAUUCACCCUCUGACUGAGGCCCCCAAGUCUGUGACAUCCCUGUCCUCAAGGUCUUCCCUUUCUUCCUUAUCCCCUCCGGGCUCUCCCUUGGCUUUGGAAGGCCCAUUUCCGAUGUCUUCUCCAGACACCCAUCUCCAUCAGUUCACUGCUGACUUUGAAGACUGUGAAUUGAGUAGCCAUUUUGCAGACGUUGGCCUCAGUGAAAAUCAGAUAUUGCUGGAUUCUGAUUCAGGAGGAGCCUCCCAGUCUCUUUUAGAGGACAAAGACCUUAACGAAUGCACUAGGGAAGCAUUAUAUGAAGGAACCACAGAAGUGGAAAAAACUUUACCAAGAAGAAGAGCAAGCCAAUUGCUUGGGGAUAAAACAGCUUGUGUGUCUGCUGCUGUAUCUGAUGAGUCAGUGGCUGGAGACAGUGGUGUCUAUGAAGCUUUCAUGAAACAGCCUAGCGAAAUUGAAGAUGUCACUUACAGUGAAGAUGAUGUUGCCAUUGUAGAGACUGCCCAGGUGCAGAUAGGACUCAGAUAUGAUGUGAAAAGUUCAAGCUUCAUGGUGGUUAUAGCACAACUCCGAAAUCUUCAUGCCUGCUUGAUACCUCAUACUUUUAAAAUAUAUUUUAGGGUUGCUGUACUUCCCUCCUCAACUGAUGUCAGCUGUCUGUUCCGAACAAAAGUCCAUCCAGCCACAGAAUCCAUUUUGUUCAAUGAUGUAUUCAGAGUAGCCAUUUCCCAAACAGCCUUACAACAGAAGACACUGAGAGUAGAUCUUUGCUCUGUCAGCAAAAACAAAAGGGAAGAAUGCCUGGCUGGAACUCAGAUUAGCCUGGCAGAUUUACCAUUUUCCAAUGAGAUUUUCACACUGUGGUAUAACUUGCUUCCUUCCAAACAAAUGCCUUACAAAAAGCAUGAAGAAGAAAAUGAGGAUUUUCAACCAAAACAGCCAUCAGUAGACUCCAUAGAUUUGGAUGCAGUGUCUGCCUUACUUGCAAGGACAUCAGCUGAGCUUUUGGCUGUGGAACAAGAACUAUCACACGAAGUACAAGAGGAGCCAGGGCAGGAAGAGGAGUCAAGGGGUGCCGAUGGAGACUGGUUAAUAAUGCUAAGAGAGGCCUCAGAUGAAAUUGUGACUGAAGAAGGGGCUGAAGUUAAUCUGCCUGAGGGCAGUAGCUGUAUAGAAGACAUAAGUUCAUGCACUAGUGUGUCUGAAGUAAAUGAUGAUAGGGGAAGAAAAGAAAACAGCUGUGCCAAAGACCUCAGAAGUCAGCAACCCACUGGAGUUCCCAUCCUGGUUGAUAAAGAGACAAAUACCGAGGAAGCAGUGAGUGGCAAUGUGGCAGUUCGUCCCAAAGACCGCGGUGGCCUGAGCGCUCGGCAGCGCCCUUUUGUGCGGAGCAGCCUGAUAGUGCGCUCACAGACCUUUUCCCCGGGAGAGCGGAACCAGUACAUCUGCAGGUUAAAUCGAAGUGACAGUGACAGUUCAACCCUGGCUAAAAAGUCACUGUUUGUGCGAAACUCCACUGAGCGGCGCAGUUUGAGAGUCAAAAGGACUGUUUGCCAACCAGUCCUCAGAAGAACAGCAGAAGAGUGCCCAGUGCGUACAUCUCUAGACUUAGAACUGGAUCUUCAGGCAUCUCUGACCCGGCAGAGUCGCCUCAAUGAUGAGCUGGAGGCCCUGCGGGGCUUGCGGCAAAAGCUGGAGGAGCUGAAAGCUCAGGGAGAGACUGACCUUCCACAGGCUGUACUGGAGGACGACAGGUUCCAGAAGCUUCUGAAGCAAGCUGAGAAGCAGGCUGAACAGUCAAAAGAAGAACAGAAGCAGGGUUUGAAUGCUGAGAAGCUAAUGAGGCAAGUCUCCAAGGAUGUGUGCCGGCUUCGGGAGCAGAGCCAGAAGGUUCCUCGGCAGGUGCAGUCCUUCAGGGAGAAGAUUGCCUACUUCACCAGAGCAAAGAUAACCAUCCCAUCCCUGCCUGCUGAUGAUGUAUAAUUACAUCCUUUAAGAAAUUAUUUUUUUCACCUGUUCACUUUCUUAGGGAGGGUGAAAGAGUGGAUGUUUUUGUUUUUUUGUAACCUGUCAACUCUUAAAGAGCUUUUAUUUCGUUAUCAGAUUUUCAACAUGUUAGUUGGUAAAAUACCUUGAAUGUAAUUUCUUAUAUGUUUAAAAAAGAAAAAAAAAAUCAGAUAACCAAAAUGGGAUAAUCUGGUAUACACAUGUUGUAUAGUAAGUGCAUAUUGCCCACGGGCUUUAUUCUGCAGGAGUGGCAGCAUCCAGUGACUAUCCUGUUGAACUGACUGUUGAGAAAUAGGUUGGUUUAGCAGAGGGUGGUUUCUGCUUUUCCAUUGUUUUCUUGUGAGUAGACUGUGAAAACGGCAACAGGGCCAUGUGAUAUUUCUGUACCAUAGUGCAGCUGAAAGGUUGGAAGUUAAACCUGAGGAUAAGCUUCAGUUCAGAGUUCCAAGUCCACCUGAAACAGGUGCUGUGUUCAUUUCUGUCACCUAUGUCGGAACACUUUGUUUCCUUUAAACAAUUUCCUUUUUGUCCUUUUAUAUUUGUCUAAAGAAAACAGAAACAUAAGAUACUGAGUGCAGUGCAAGAAUACAAAAAUGCAAAGGAGAGGUACUUCUGGCUACACUAAAGAUCUUGUUGAUUUAUUAUGUUGAAAGUAGGGAAAAUUAAAGGAGAAAAAGUUAACCCUAAAAUACACUAAAAUUGUCAGAUGAGCAGCUGCUGCUUCUAACUCAACCUGAAUGUGUAGUUGUUCAAAUGUGAGUUUCUACUUUGCACCGAUCAUUCCUUGUCCCAGGAACUAGUAUGGUGCUGAGCAGAAGCAUGUUGCGGCCCCAGUUCUAAGGGCAGGCCGGCCUGACCAUGUGUAGGGAAAUGUGUCAGCGCUCAUUUGGUGACACCAGGAACAGAGGAGAGGAUAGAUCUCAGCUGAAUCAAAGUUGCCAAAAAUAAGAAAACACCUCACCAGACAGAUUUCUAAUAUUUGCUAGAAAUUACUUUGCAGCUCUCAUUUUUACAGGAUUUUAUCUAAAAUUUAUGGUAAAGAGUUGGAAGGCAAAGGGAAAAGUGUGACGGGGGGAGGGGAUUACUAAUUUGAAGCAUAGGCUAAGUGGUUUGAUUAAAAAAAAAAAAACAAUACUAUCCCAGAUGAACAAGGUUAUAUAGAUUAAAACUGACUGAAGUGUCCUCCAGUUUAGAAUUUUAGCUCACCCAACCCAGGCACUUCUUAAAAGAAACAAAACCUCAGUGUAGCUAAGCCAGCUUUGCUUUUAAAAUAAAUAUUUUUAAUGCAAUUUAAAGCAUGUAUUAUUACUCAUUAUUACUGGAAGAAACAAUUUCUGGUUAGCCGUUUUAUGUAGCAAACUACAUCAAUUUUGGUUUUUUAGAAAUACAGAAAUCAUCUUAAAAGAAUAGGCCCCUUAAAGGAAAAAAGUUCUGUCCUAAGCUAGAAUCCUCACUAGCAGGAAUUUUUAUUUUCUUGAAAGUAAUUAUAUAUAUACUUUGGAAAGUUCAAUUUAUCAGAAUCAAAAUUCAAAUUAAGCAAUUUCUGAGUCUAAACUUGGAUUAUUGAAGACCAUGAGCAUAUUUUUUCAUAAGUGUUCCAUUUAUGUACACAUUUCUUUGAAGAUAUAACUGGACAUGACAAUACUUUGAACAGAAACCGGUCUAAUGAAUUGAUUGGGUAGGGUCCUUCAAGAUGGCCCAGUUCAUUCUUUUAGAUGACUAAUGAAAACUAAAAAGGAAUGCCAUUCGUCCUUGACAAGGUCAAAUGUGAAAAACAGAGGUUUCAAAGUUUAUUUAAUGUAGAGUUAAAUGAAGGCCAGCUGUUUUCAGCUUCUUAGUUUGAACAUGAAAAUGUUUAUAGAGUUGUGUAGUUGUACCGUAUGAUUUUAUUUCUUCACUUAUUUAUUUACGGUCUUAUUUAUGUUCUGUUUAAUAUAUAGUUUGGUUUGGGCCAUUUUAAAUGUCUGACAGAGAAAAGGCUAUAUUGGAAUAUUUGCAGCUUUAUAAAUCUUCAUCAGAUUAGCUGUUAACUUUUUAUAAUACAAAAGGUUUCAGACUAGUAUUAAAGAAUAAAAUCUGUCUCAGGCUGGUAAUUAACAGUUGUGACCAAGGUCCUAUGGUUUUGUCUUAUAAAUUUGCUCAUUUCUAACAUGAGAGACAAACUAAUUGUAAUAUAAUCCUUUUUCCACACUUUAAAAAUCAGCAAUAGUGUUAUGUAUUUAUAGGCAGCUUUUAACAAUCCUGACAUAUUUGUACUAACCCAAAUGAUUUCACAGUGACAAGACAUUUUAAUAACUUGAUCACAAACUCAUAUGGACAAAUAUAAAUUUUAAUAUUAUAAAUACUAUUUUAAAAAGGUAGAAUCUAUUCUGCACAGGGUAAAAAGAAUGAAAUAUUUAGUCCUCAAGUUUGAAUUAUCAGUAUGUUAUUACCGUUUUGUAUAUCAGAAUCUAAGUGUUACAGGUACAAAAAGAAUAUUAUCGCUGGCCAAAUGAACAAAGUUUAGCUGAAUCUUUGUAGCAUGCAAAUCAAAUAAACUUAAAAUCUUUUUUUCUCUUUUA